CUCACUCGCCUCUCCCGUGGGUCUCCCUCCCGCGCUAUGGCCUCGGCGCUGAGCUAUGUCUCCAAGUUCAAGUCCUUCGUGAUCUUGUUCAUCACCCCGCUGCUGCUGCUGCCGCUCGUCAUUCUGAUGCCCGCCAAGUUCGUCAGGUGCGCCUAUGUCAUCACCCUCAUGGCUGUCUACUGGUGUACCGAGGUCAUCCCUCUCGCCGUCACCUCCCUCAUGCCCGCCUUGCUCUUCCCGCUCUUAAAGAUUCUGGACUCCAAGCAGGUGUGUGUCCAGUACAUGAAGGACACAAACAUGCUGUUUCUGGGUGGCCUCAUCAUGGCGGUGGCCGUGGAGCGCUGGAAUCUACACAAGAGGAUAGCCCUGCGCACGCUCCUCUGGGUGGGGGCCAAGCCUGCACAGCUGAUGCUGGGCUUUAUGGGCGUCACCGCCUUCCUGUCCAUGUGGAUCAGCAACACUGCCACCACGGCCAUGAUGGUGCCCAUCGUGGAGGCCAUGCUGCAGCAGAUGGAAGCCACCGGCACAGCCACCGAGGCCAGCCCGGGGGGCCUGGAGCUGGCAGACAAGGGCAAGGCCGGCGAGCUGCCUGGGAGCCAAGCGACCUUUGAAGGCCCCCCCGAGGGGCGGCCAGCUGACCAGGACAGGAGGAGCAUGUGCAAGGCCAUGACUCUGUGCGUGUGUUACGCAGCCAGCAUCGGGGGCACCGCCACACUGACGGGGACGGGACCCAACGUGGUGCUUCUGGGCCAGAUGCAUGAGUUGUUUCCCGCCAGCAAAGACCUGGUGAACUUCGCCUCUUGGUUUGGGUUCGCCUUCCCCAACAUGCUGGUGAUGCUGCUGCUGGCUUGGCUGUGGCUCCAGUGUGUGUACCUGAGGUUCAGUUUUAGGAAGUCCUGGGGCUGUGGGCUGGAGAGCAGGAAUCACGAGAAGGCUGCCUACCAGGUGCUGCAGGAGGAGUACAGGAAGCUGGGGCCCUUCUCGUUUGCCGAGGCCAACGUCCUGCUCUGCUUCCUCCUGCUGGUCGGCCUGUGGUUCUCCCGGGACCCCGGCUUCAUGCCCGGCUGGGUGUCGCUGGCCUGGGAGGAGGGCGAGACAAAGUACGUGUCUGACGCCACCGUGGCCACCUUCGUGGCCACCUUGCUGUUUGUCAUGCCUUCGCAGAGGCCCCAGUUCAACUUCCGCGGCCAGACCGAGGAGGAAAGGAAAACUCCAUUUUAUCCCCCUGCACUGCUGACCUGGAAGGUGACCCAGGAGAAAGUGCCCUGGGGCAUCGUGUUGUUGCUGGGGGGCGGCUUUGCGCUGGCCAAAGGAUGUGAGGCCUCGGGGUUGUCCGAAUGGAUGGGGAAGCAGAUGGAGCCCUUGCACUCUGUGCCCCCUGCAGCCAUUACCUUGAUCCUGUCCCUGCUGGUUGCCGUGUUCACUGAGUGCACAAGCAAUGUGGCCACCACCACGCUGUUCCUGCCCAUCUUUGCCUCCAUGUCACGCUCCAUCGGCCUCAACCCGCUGUACGUCAUGCUUCCCUGCACACUGAGUGCGUCCUUUGCCUUCAUGUUGCCUGUGGCCACCCCACCUAACGCCAUCGUGUUUGCCUACGGACACCUCAAGGUGUCUGACAUGGUGAAAACAGGACUCAUGAUGAACAUAAUUGGAGUCUUCUGUGUGUUUCUGGCGGUCAACACCUGGGGACGGGUCAUAUUUGACUUGGAUCAUUUCCCUGACUGGGCUAACGUGACGAAUAUCGAGACUUAGGGACAGCCGCACACCACCCCGCCCUCCUGAGGACCCCUGAGCCUUCCAGCACACCUUGCAGCAGAGUUUUGGGGUUCACUCCCCAAAGUGAUCCAGUGAUGCCCACACCCCCGCGGAGACCCACCCAGGCCCAGGUUCAGAGCCGGGGACGGGCAACUGCUGGGCGGAAGUGGAGGGAGCCUCCGGAGACACUGGGGCGUCUGAUCUUCCCGGGGGGACUGCCAUCCCUCUGGGACAGGUAUAGGCUGUAGAGGGACCAGGACGCAGGCUGCCAGCUGGCCCCAAGCUGGGCUCUGGUGUCCACUCGCUUUGCCCCAGCGUCAUCGAGGUGGGGAUCAGAUCCCAGCUUGGGAAGCAGGAGAACGUGGGCCUCCUGCAGCUCGCCUCGGGCUGCCUCCGGGCUCUCCUGUUACCUGAAGGGACAACCCCACCCCGGGACACGAUAUCUGGUCCUGGGCAGCUUCCUGCCACUAAGAGCAGAGCCUCCUGGAACCACAGGGAGAACAGUGCCACCCCCGAAGGAUGAGGAAUUUGGGCUGAGAACUCCCGGCCGCCUCUGCCCACAGCACGCCGCUGGCUAACCUGCUCCCCUGCUUACCUUGCUCCGUCUUAGCAGACAGGUGGACCCCUUGCUGUCCUCCCACGCACCCCUUUGUUGUCUGGGCUGACGUGUGCUUGGACCCCCUGGCCGGGGCCCUCCAGCACACCCGCUUCUCCCUGGCGGCUCGGCUUCUCCGGCCACCCCACGCAGCUGGGGUCACACUCCAAGUACAGGCAGCGAUGGCUCCUUUGGGGCCCCCAGUGGGUAUCUGGGUCCUCUCCCACCUGCAGGCUCAGAGUGGACGCGGCUGUUGCCAGCCGGGAGCAGGGGCCCGUCAGAGCUGGGCACGGCAGGGUGUGAGUGCCCCUUUGCUGAGCGGCCUUUCCAGCCGUGCCUGGUGGCAGCCAAGAUUGCUGAGGACAAGCCGUGCUCGGUGGCCCCUGAGCAUCUGAAGUUGCCGGGGCAACGCUUGCCGAGCGGCCACGGGGACCCUGCGACAGAGAUGUGACAGACACCCACCCCCACCCACCACCCUCCUUUUCUCUGUGGGAGAGGAGUGGGGACAGGAGCGUAUUAGGUUCGUUGACGGCGUCGUUCGGGGCAGGAGAAAGUUGGGAACUCAAGGAAACGCCCUCGAGGAUGGGGACGUCCCCUCGAGGACCGGGGUGUCUCCAGCUCCUGCGGUGGGAUGGUUCCUGACGGCCCCGUGUGUCUUCCACAGGGAGGGGUGCUGGCUCCAGCUUUCUGCCGUGGCAGGGGCCUCGCCGCCCCCCUCCCGUCCCUGGCUCUCCGGCCGGCUCUCUCCCUGGGUCCUUGCGGCAGCCCCAUGAGACAGACUAGAGUUGUCACUCUCAGUUGUUCCCGAGGACCCCGAGGCUCCAAGGGGCCCAGUCAUGUGUCCAAAGUUGUGUAUUAAGUUAGUGGCAGUUAGGGCCCCAACCGGACCUUCCACCUUCGCGUCCACUGCUCCUCAUCUAGCCGUUAAGGGCCUUGGUCCCCCAGGAGUCUGCAGGGAACGGUGAGCACGUCUGCCCCACGGCCUGCCUGCUCAGGGAACGGUGUCACGUGAGCUGCUUCCUCAGAGGCAGGCUCAGGACAGCGUGGGGCGUCUAGCUGGAGAGAGCGCGAGGGUGGCUGCCCGUCCCCUCCACGGCAAGCCGGGCCACUCCUGCUGUGGACGACUGAGGGAGGCCCCAGGGACCUGUGCUGCCUGCUGGUCCAGCUCCAGGACGCUGGCUGACCCAGAGCGGGCCACCGUGCGUGUGGUGGGGAAGAAGAGAGCGAUCCGUGCGGCCAGUCGGCGCACAUCCAGGGGUCAUGAGUGAGGUCACCAAGGCCAUCCGGGGUGACCAGGCUGCAGUGGGGGGGAGGUGUGGGGCUCCACGCGGCUGGCAGCAAGCUGGCCGGGGGCUUCUGGAGAGUGGCCCCCAGGCUGAGGACUCUGACCACAGUCUGAUGCUGCACAACUUCUCCUGAAGCCGGAGCUGCUCUGGAGUUUAGGGCCCAUCAGGACUGGGUUUGGCUGCAGGUGACGGCAGCAUGAACCAGGCGGGCGUUUAAUGUCGACGGGACAGGGAGUCGGAGGGACACGGCUGCUGGGGCCGCGCCUUCACGGCCACACCCGAGCCUCGUGCAUGCCGCACACACGCGUGUGCACUGCAGGCAGGAGGAAGGGGCGGGACGGGGCCUGCUGCGUCCUCCCCUUUCUCGGGAGGCCGGCAGCCUGCCCUCCACGUGUAACAGCCCCACUCGGGCGUUGACAAAGGCUAAUCCCAGCAUCGAGCGUCGUCAGUGUAUAGGAGACCAAUCAGGACUCACCUGGGCUCAGGGAAUGGGCCUGCCUUUCCUUAAACCGGGAGGUUUGCACCCACCACAAAGUCUGGGUUCUGGCAGGAAAACAGUGGGGGUGCUGUUGGGUUGGUGACGAACAGGGUCUGUACUCUGAGCCUUUCAGGGGCUGCCCUCCCUCCAGGCUCCUCUCUGGGCCUCAGUUUCCAUCAGGAAGGGGCCCCUGUCUGGGCUGCUGCAGCCCGGCCCCCCGCCCCCCGCGGGCUUGGCCUGGAGUCUGUUAACUCGGUCCCCCUCUGGUCUUCGCCAUUUGCUGGAAGUCCUCUCAGACCUCUUCCCCGUCAACAUUUUGCCUCUUACAUUCUGUAAUGAGGUUCUGCCCCAGAGCCCUGUCCUCUCUUCUUAGCCCCUGGAUCAGACAUCUGGGCCCGAGGUGCGCUGAGCACACAAUCCUGACCAGGACUGCUGUCUGAACUGGGCACCAGCGACUUAGGACUCCACCAGGGCCCCGUGCCUUGCAGAGGUGCUCAUCCACGACCCCAGAACUGGGGUGUUUCCCUAUCCCGCAGGGCUGAGACCUUGCUUAGGGAAAGAUCUGAGGCUCCCUCCUCGGCAGGGCCAGUCAGCGGGUCCCUCCUCCCAUCAUGCCUCUCACGCCGGCCACUAACGGACAGCAGGAGGUCUGCUCUGGGCCCCGAGCCGGGCAGGAGCUCAGCAGCAGGUCCAGUCCUCGGAAUGAAUACGGGCACGUCCUUGCUCGUAGAAAUAAAGACCAAAGGCGGACUGUCUGGUUAAAAGCUACACAUGACAACCCUCCUCUUGGCUCCGAAACCCGUCUUCAACGUGCUCCCUCCCUCUGGUUCCACAGCCUCUUAAAAGCUGUGUCUCCCAAAUCGCCAGGGAAGCUUUAUUUUUAUAAAAAUAAAAACAAAUAAGGUUCCUCCAAGAUCACUCCUCCACGUCACGGGAAGGGUUUCCACGUCCUUCGAUGGAAAUCUUGUCAUCAGGGUCUGAAACCCUUGCACUCGGAUAUUCAGUUUUAUUUCUCUCGAUGUCUGGACUCAGGACUCGGGUUCUCGCGUCCCUGGUCUGCUUGUCCGAACGCCCACAUCCAUCCUUGGAGACGCAGGCUGCCCCUGGCUGGCCGCCGUUGGCACCUGCUUCCGGCCCUCAGGGGUCGAGAAAUACCAGAAUUCAGUCUCAGAAUGCUGUUAUCCAAUCGGGAAAGCUUGGCUAGUUUUUGUCUUUAAGAAGUUAACAUCAAACCCAUACAAGAAACCCCCAUAGUGCAAAACAGGGUUGAGAGGUGUCCCUCCGGCACAGACCUCGAGGCCUCCCGCCGCCCCCACCCAGGAGGGAGCUGCCCACAGUGUCUCCCAAGACCUUCCAGAAACAUGCCCUAUGUAUAAGCUUCGGCCGUAGACGCACGUCCCCUUCAGCACACGGGGGAGCAUCCCCAUGUAGCGUCUGUCCUUGUUUCCACGCCCCCCUUAAUUUAUUUGGAGAUCAUUCCAUUUCAGGACCUAUUAAUUGUGACUAUCUUUUCAUUUAAUAGCUGAUUUUGUUUUUAAAUUGAGGUAACGUGAAAUUCGGCGAAUUCCACAGAUCUUCAGGGUACCGUUCAGAGUUUUAGACACCUGCAUGCACCUUGUAAGCGACACCCCCUCCCCGUUCCCUUCUCCCUCCCUUUCCAAUACCCCGUCCCUCCCCCGAGGCACGGGCCCCUUUCGCUCCUUGAACUUCAUACAAAUGGAACCUAAUGCACAUACUUGUUCCCGUCUGACAUAUCUGCUGAACAAAACACUUCUGAUAUUCCGUUCCUUUGUUAUUGUUGGGGAGUGGUGCUCUGUGGUGUGAAUAGGCCAUGGUUUGUCUGACCUUCGGGGUGUCCCAGUUUGGGGCUAUCGUGAAUAAAGCUGUUAAGCUCUCU